GAGCAUUUAAUACGAGCUUACAACCCUGCAAGUGGUGCCCACUGCCCCUUCAGGCAACAAAUGGAGUCGUCCUCCCAAUUCCAAGCCCCGGCAAUUUUGGGCUGUCUCCUCUUGCUCGUAUUCUUCCUCCUCAAAAUGCGUCGAAACACACCAAAACCACCAGCAGCCCCGCCGCAUCCCAGAAAACUGCCCAUCAUCGGAAACCUCCACCAGCUCGCCGGCAGCUCCCUCCCGCACCGCCGGUUCCGCGACCUCGCCAACCAAUACGGCGCCGUAAUGGGCCUCCAGCUGGGCCAAAUCCCCUUCGUCGUCAUCUCCUCCGCGGAAUCCGCAGAACAAAUUCUCAAGACGCACGACGUCGUUUUAGCCAACCGACCCUUCAGCCUCGCCGCCCAGAUCUUAACCUACGACUUCACCGACAUCAUCUUCUCCCCCUACGGCGCCUACUGGCGCCAGCUCCGCAAGAUCUGCGCCCUCGAGCUCCUCAACCCGAACCGGGUCCAAUCCUUCGGUUCGAUCCGGUCCGAAGAGAUAUCCAAUUCCAUGGGCGGAGUCUCUGUUUCGGCUGGGCAGGAAUUCAAUUUCAGCCAGAUGGUGUUCUCCCUCACCGCCGGCAUCGUUUCCCGGGUCGCUUUCGGGAAGAAAUACAGAGGGCACGACGAAUUCGUCCCCGUGAUGGAGGAAAUGGCGCGGAUUUCAGGUGGGUUUAGCCUGGCGGACUUGUUUCCGUCGGUGAAAUUGCUUCAGGUAAUGAGUGGGAUGAGAUCCCAGCUUCUCAGGUUGAGGAAUGAAGCUGAUCGGAUGAUGGACGGCAUAAUCUCCGACCACCGUGAGAGGCAGAGCACUGCUGAUCAGGGUUCCGACGAGGUGGAUGAUUUGGUCGAUGUGCUUUUGAAGCUUCAGGCUGGUGGCGGGCUCGAGGUUCCUCUUUCAGAUGACAACAUCAAAGCAGUCAUUCUAGAUGUGUUCAUAGCGGGGAGUGAUACUUCGGCCAUUAUUAUGGACUGGGCAAUGUCGGAAAUGAUUAAGAAUCCAAGGAUCCUAUUACAGGCACAAAGCGAAGUGAGACGCGUUUUUAAAUUGAAAGGAGAUGUUGACGUUACACAGCUUCAUGAGUUGUAUUAUCUCCAAUCAGUUAUCAAAGAGACGCUAAGACUACAUCCUCCCGGACCACUACUGAUUCCUAGGGAAUGUGGUGAGGAUUGUGAGAUCGAUGGGUUUCAAGUAAAGGCAAAAGAGAAGGCGAUUGUCAACAUUUGGGCAAUCUCUAGGGAUCCAAAAUACUGGAAUGAUCCGGAGGAAUUUCGUCCAGAAAGGUUCGUUGAUAAUCCAAUUGAUUUUAAAGGAUCGAACUUCGAGUUCCUACCGUUUGGUUCUGGGAGAAGGAUAUGUCCAGGGAUCGCGUUUUCUAUGGCGAAUAUUGAGCUCUCAUUGGCCAAUUUUCUGUACCAUUUUGAUUGGGAACUUCCGAGUGAUGUCAAGAUUGAGAAUUUGGACAUGACUGAAUUAUAUGGAUUUGCGGUAAGGAAGAAACAUAACCUUAAAGUGAUCCCAAUUCCCUACACCAAGCAUUAGGCUUUUCAUUCUCAAAGUUAAGAUGUGAAAUAGUUAGAAUAAUAUUUGUGUAUCAUAUGUUCUCGUUUUCUUUUUACACAAUGAACACUCAUAUAAAUACGUUUUAGCACGAUAUAUUGAGAUACCACAUCAAUAUCCUGU